AUGGAAGUAGUUAUUUCACCGGAUGAAUUUAUGAGUGUUAGAAAUGGUAAUCAGAACACAUAUAAGAAACUGUGUCAAUCAUUUCUGAAAGUGAAGGAUCCAAAGACAUAAUUGAAAGUUGCUUAAUAUAUUUUGAAAACACCACCUGAUGAUCGAAUGGAUUUUGAAGUGGCAGUGCUGGAGUAAGCAACCAAAGAGUUGGAUUUCUUCAAGAGUCUACGAGAUCCCAAAUAGCACCAAAGAUGUUGUAAAAUGAUGAUGUACAAACAUUACAACAAGAAUGACAUCGUGUUCAAAGAAGGUUGUAAUGAGUGAU